CCACGCACCAUGGAGCUGGCUGGAGCCAUCACCAUCUUCCUGGGCAUCUACGUGUCCUGCCUCCUCGUCAUCUCCGCCUGGAGGAAGCAGUCGCGCUACAAGAACCUGCCCCCCGGGCCCACUCCCCUCCCGCUGAUCGGGAACUUCCUGCAGAUGAAGGUGGGAGAAACCCUGAAAUCACUGGAGAAGCUGAGUGCGAAGUACGGCCCGGUGUUCACCGUCUAUUUCGGGUCCAAGCCCAUCGUGGUGCUGUGCGGGCACGAGGCGGUGAAGGAGGCGCUGGUGGACCAGGCUGAGGAGUUCAGCGGCAGAGCCCACCUGCCGACCGUCGAGAAGAACUUCCAGGGCUUUGGGGUGGUUUUUGCCAACGGGGAGCGGUGGCGGCAGCUGCGCCGGUUCUCCCUCACCGUCCUGCGGAACUUCGGCAUGGGGAAGAAAAGCAUCGAGCAGCGGAUCCAGGAGGAGGCGCAGUUCCUGCUGGAAGCCUUCAAAUACAAAGCGGAACCUUUUGAUCCGACCUUCUUCUUGAGCCGGGCCGUCUCCAACGUCAUCUGCUCCAUCGUCUUUGGCGACCGCUUUGACUACGAAGACAAAGAAUUCCUGUCCUUGCUGCAGAUGAUGAACGAAAGCUUUAGGGAGAUCAGCACCCCGUGGUCACAGUUCUAUGACAUGUAUGUGAGUUUCCUCAAAUACUUCCCCGGCCCUCACAUGAAGAUCUACUACAUAGUGGAAGACAUGAGGAAAUUUAUUGAGAGGAGAGUGAAGCAGAACCAAGCAACGCUGGAUGCCAAUUCCCCCCGGGAUUUUAUCGACUGCUUCCUGAUCCAAAUGGAAAAGGAAAAGCAAAACCCUUCCAGUGAAUUUAACACCAAGAACUUGGAGCUCACCACGCUCAACUUGUUCUCCGCCGGCACGGAGAGCGUCAGCUCCACCCUGAGAUACGGGUUCCUGCUCCUGAUGAAACACCCGGAGGUCCUAGGGAAGCUGCAUGAGGAGAUCGACCGGGUGAUCGGCCAGAGCCGCGUCCCGGCCAUCGAGGACCGGAGCCAGAUGCCCUACACCGAUGCCGUGAUCCACGAGAUCCAGCGGUUCAGCGACCUGAUCCCCAUGGAUGUGCCCCACAUCGUGACCCGGGACACCCAGUUCAGAGGCUACACCAUCCCCCAGGGCACCGAGAUCUACCCCAUGCUCAGCACCGUCCUGCGCGACCCCAGCAAGUUCAAAACCCCCGAAAGCUUCAACCCCGGGAACUUCCUGGAGGAGACGGGGCGGUUCCGGAAAAACGACGCCUUCGUACCCUUUUCCUCAGGGAAGCGGAUCUGCCUGGGAGAGGCGCUGGCUCGCAUGGAGCUCUUCCUCUUCCUCACCACCAUCCUGCAGCGCUUCACGCUGACGCCCCUGGUGGCCCCGGAGGACAUCGACACCAGGCCACUGGAGAGCGGCUUUGCCAAAAUCCCCCCCUUCUACCAGCUCUGCGUGGUCCCUCGCUGACGGCGACAGGAGACAAGGCCCAGGCAGGGGCCCCCGUCUGGCUGAGAAACCACAGGUGCCAGGGGCACGAGCAACAUAUCAGGCCUGCUUCUCAGUUCCCCCCUCCCUGCGCUUGGUUUAAAGUAGCUUUAAACUCCUCUUACCUAUUA